CAGUGUUAGAGGAAGCGUUGAUCGGUGGAUUUUUAUCGGCGGCGGUAAAGGUUGAUUUAAAAAGGACUCGAUCCUCGACUAGAAGCCGACAUGGGGCUGUCAGACCUGGAGGAGUGUUCUCUGUCCCUGGACGAGAAGCUGCUCCGCUUCAUGGAGCAGCUGGAGUCACUGGAGGAGAAGCAAGCCGCUCUCAACUCUCUCAUCGAGCAGGGAUGGUUUUCCACGUCCAAGGCACGAUAUUCCAUGGGAAACAAGCAAGUCUCUGCACUUCAGUAUGCGAGUGAGAUCGAGCCACUGGUCUGUGUUCACACAAGAACACUGGACAAUAGUGAGGUGGAGUUCUGCACAGAAAGAGUAACACAAAGUACAGAGUCUGGAACAAAUGUGAAGUCUAUAGAGGAAAUUGGACCCCAAGAGGAAGGUGUCAGGAGAAGAAACAAACCUAAAAAAGUUGUCGCUGAAAAAAAGGGAAAUGAUGAAGCAAGUAGUGAGACAGCUCCUGAAGUAGCGCCAGUGAAGAAAAGUGAACAUAAUCCUCAGCAAGACCCACUGAGAUGGUUUGGUAUCCUGGUGCCACAAUCUCUUAAACAAGCACAGUCAUCAUUCAAGCAAGUUAUCGAGCUCUCCGCUGAGAUUGCAACCCUGCAGACUGCAGUUUUAAACAGCAGAGAGGAACUGAAGAGCUGCAUGAUAGACAAACACAUUCUGCAGAAGAAGACCUCAGCCGCUCAGGUGGAGCAGACAGUGAAGUAACACUGUAGAGGAAAAGCAGGGGAUGAUCUGACAGGAGCCUGUGGCCACGGAGACAGUGAAUUGAGUCUGUCCAGCCCAGUGGACUUUAACCUGCAUAUUUCUAAGUGAGGAUCACAAAUGUAGCUGCUCCCACUAGAUGAUUGAUUGGUGUUAUUUACUGUUUUGUGCUGUUUGAAUUCAUUAAUGUGUAACUUGUUUUUAAUGGAUGUUAUUUCUCAGGAUCAAUUAAAUCUGUGUUGUGGACAAAUAGAUAAUAUGAUAUAAUAUAUGAUAUAAACAGAACCUGCUUGAACCUUUUUAAUAAAUGAUCAGUAUUACUUUCUGAUAAGGCAGAAAAGGUGUUGUGAUAUUUUAUUUACUGAUGAAGAUCAGUCUAGCUAAGUUUGCUAAGUUCUCUGGAUUUACUUUUGGUUAAUAUGAAGAUGUGAAGCUAAAUAAAAAGACUUUGGACCAGAUUUUCUACAGGCCUUAAUGAAGUAAAUGGAUCAUAGAUAUUUAUUUGCCUGUCAUUUACUUAUUGUAUAUUUUAAAUGUUACUUUUUGAUAUGUUAUGUGUUGCGGAUUUGUAUUCUUCUCUAUUUAUUUUAGUUUAGAUUGUGCAAAGCCCUUUCUGUCAUUACUUUCCAAAAUAUAUUUUAUUAUCUUAAUAACUCUGAGGCCAUUAAUAACAACUUGACAACACAAACAUUCUUAAUAAUGAUAGAGUUAGUAUUUAUCUACCAUUUAUUACAAACCGUGUUACAACACC